AUGGUCAAUGUAACUCAUCAUCACUUGGCUUUGGUUGGCUGGGGUCUUGUGCCUUUUUCCAGUCAAGCUGAAUGGCUUUUUGAGGACUGUGGGGAGUUAAUACCUCUGGAAGUAAAUGCUCAAGAUAAAAGAAAAACUCACCCUCCCUCUACGAUGCAAUCAAAUGCACUUCUAGGCAACUUGAAUAAGUUGGACGAAAACACUUUGGAUUCCCUUCCUCAUGAAAUGUUUACAUCUCUUUACAAUACAGCCACACGCCAUUUGAGGCAUCGGCAGAAACGGAAAGAUGCUUCUCAAAAUGCAAAGAAGAGAUCUGGAAUCAUAGCAGAUGAUGCAGAUAUACUCAUUAAUGAAAAUAUGCAGAGUAGUUUACCAACGAAUUUCUUGCCUUUGAAUAAUACGGAAGCCAAUCAAGUAGAGCCCGAAAAUCUGUCCGAAAUCAGUUUUGGAAGUUGUUCUAGUCUAAUUUCAGGUUCUUCGAAAACAAAGCAAAGGUCAUUAUCAAAGGAGCGGCAACCUAGAAAUGGUUCUUUGCCUUGCGAAGCAAUAAGUCCAGGCCUGGAUUCAGAAGCUGGAGCUAGUUCAAGAGUAGCAAAUUUGGAGGAGGACAUUGUACACCAUCGAUAUAAUGAACUGAGUGCCCUGGCUCAAGAAAAAAUAAAAAAUUUUGAGCAAGAAACGAAAGCUCUUCUUAGAAGAGAUGUUCAGAAGCCCAGAGUGUCCAUUGGAACUCCACAAGUUGAAUGGGAGCAGAUUGAAAGAGAAUGGCAAAAAGCAAAGCUGGAAUUGGAGCAAGAAGAUCUGUUAGAUUAUUUGGCUGACGAUCCCUCAUAUCUUUCAUGUUUGUUAAACCGUGGAGAGGGGAUGAUGGAUUUGUCUCCAGCAGCUGAUAUGAAUGGUUCUGUGUCUGGUAAAAAUGAAUUACCAAUAAGUUCAAGUUCCUGCUCUGUGAGCGAAUAUCUCAGUUAUGAACCUCUAAGGACAUCUGGUACUAGGACUCCUGAAAUAUGUUUUUCACAAAGUGAUAAAUCAGUAUUUAAACAGAGAAUACAUUACUCACCAUCUCAACCAAAUGAUGAAUCUCGUCGGACUAAAAGCGAUAAUAUUGAAAUUUCCACAUCUGUUAGUCAACCUGUAUUAAAUUCUUUAUUACUUGAACCCACUGGUAAUGCUUCAAAUGCAAACAAACUCUCACAGAGCUCAGGUCCUUCAAAGUUUGUAAGCUCCGAGAAUUUGAAAUCUCAAAAGGAACCAGACCCAGUUACUGAAAAUGUAGAUCCAGACUGCGAUAAAGUAACCAUCUCUUGCGACUCUGCUGCAGAUCGACCUCCAUCUUCAUCUAGUUGAUGCUUUUAUGGAGAAAUUUGUGUGUAAAAAGUGUAUAGUUAAUUUAUUAUAUUGAAGUAGAGCAUAUGCCAUAUCUUUUUUUUAGAAAUAUUAAAGUAUAUUUAGAAAUAUUGAAUUGUUAUAUUAACAAUAGAAAUAUUUUUUGAUUUGGUUUUGCAUACUAAACUUUUAUAAAAUUGUUUUUAAAAUGUUGCAAAUUGCUGGUAAUGUUUUUAACUCUUCUUAUUCUGUCCUAAAAUUUAAUAAAUGAUUUCAUACGAAUAUAAUUUUAUCUGACUGAGUAUAUAAUCAAGUGUAAUUUUGUCAAUGAUGGCUUGGUUUUUUUUUUGGGAGGGGGGGGAGAAGAUCAAAACCAUACUCUAUAAUAAUUAGAAAUCUGGUUAACAUACGCAUUGUAUGUGAAAGUAUAUAUUUCAUAAAGAAUGACAAGUAAAAAUAUAAAUCUUACAAAAAGGAAAUCAGUAGAGUCUCACGUAUCUGACAUAAACAGGCAGGCAGAACAUCAUAUAAGCAAGAGUGUCAGAUAAUAGGGAAGUGUUAAGAAAAUGUUUGUUAAACAUUAAACUAUAUUAUAUACACUUUACAAACAUAAUCAUGUUUUGUAACAGAGCAGGAGAAAUAAACUGAAAAAAAUGAACUUAGUCAUAGAAUAUUCUGAAAUUAAAAACAUUACAUGCAGUACUUCAGAAAUUGAGUCCUGUAAUGAUUGAAAGAAAAUUUUGAUCAUAGUCUGCUUUCCUAAUGAGUUUGUUUCUUUGCUGCAAAGUGUUGCCAUAUUUGCAGCAUCAUAUUGAUUCUUGCACCUUCUUAUAGCUCAAUAGAUUUAGUUUCUGGAGCCUUAGAUUUGAUGUUAUGUGGAAUUUUGUGAGGCUUAACAGUUCUUGAUCAUGAUCUUCAGUUUUGUUUUCAUUGUAAUUGACAAGAGCAACAGUUUCCUCAUUAGUUAUUUCAUAUUGUUCAUCAACCAUCAUCCAACUUGCAAAGAUGCAUCUUCAUAUCCACGGAUAUGUUGCACUAAAGCUAGACUGGUUUCUUUGGUUUUAUCUGUGCUUUUCAUUUUUAUACUUUCAUCAUCGCCCUUUAGCUUAUUACAUGGUUUGGCAGUUGUUGUAGCCCUUAAUGUCAGCCCAGGCCUGUUUAACCCAAUAAGCUGCAUCCUUUACAUUGAUGCAUUUCAGUUUUUGAAUCAUGUCUUAUCCUUCUUCAAUUUUGUCUAUCAGUGUGGACAGUAGCUUCCUGUGAUAGUUCCUUUUUAUCAUUUCUAAAAUGCCCUGAUCUACGGGUUGGCAUAUGGCAGUUACAUUGAGGGGGUAGAAACAUUGCCUUAAUGUUACCAUCUUGAAGCUCCCUUGUAUCAGAGUGUAUUGGAACAUUACCUAGUGACUAAAUAACUUUUCUUGCUUAAUUAUUUUCUAUCAAAAACUUUCUGUUGAAGGAAGAAAUUCUUUAAAGAACUAGUCUUUGAAAAUUUUACUGCUCAGCCAUGCAAUUUUCUCUCUAAAGUAUUUUAAAGGUACAGUGUUUUUAAGACUAUUUUAAAAGUAGAAAUAUGCAACUUUCCAAUUGUUACAGGGCUUAAAAAUAUCACUGCUUAUCCUUUCUUAUUCUGCUUGAAGUAUUUUGCAGGCAUAGUGCUUUUUUAAACUAUUUUAGAGGCUCUAGAAUUUUAUGCUUUCCAAUCAUUACAAGGUGCAUUUUAGGAUUUGAUGUAGCAUUUUAGCAUUCUGAAACCGUCAUCCAUUCCUUACUACUCUUAUAGCCAGGGGCUGCCACUUCAUUUCUGGCUGCAGGAUUCUUACCAGGUAACUUUUUGCAGUUAAGUCCUGACUCAUCACAGUGAAAUAUCUGAUCAUCCAUUAAGCUUUCAGUUUCUAUUAUCCCGAAAUGUUUUAUUGAAUGCUUCAAUUUCUUCAAAAUUUGUUGAUAUGUUUUUCAUUGCAAAAGCUUAACUAAUAGGUACCGUAGCAUUUCUUCCAUCGGCUGAGCCAGCUGACACUACCUUUGAAAUCAUUCUGAAAAUGCAGUGUCUUUUUAUGUAAAAUAAGUCCUGAAAUAUUCAUCAUUAGUUAUUUCAUACUGUGUGUAAAGCAAACAUAGAACACUUCAAUCACUUUUUCGUAGUUUUUCUUUCUUUUAAUGCAUUCUGCAUAUUUCACAAAAUAACUCUUAAUGCAUACUAUUUUUCUAUUUGCUUCUUUUUCCUGUCUCCUGCUGUUACCUGUCCAAAGUCAUCAACUAUCUUAUGUUUUGUCUCUGUCUUAUCCAGUGUUUUGAUUGCCUCAAGUACUUGUUUCAUCAAUGCAACGACUUUCUUUUUAUCACCAAUAUUUCUGUACUUGUAUAAAUUUCAGCUUUUAAACACCACUACAAUGUUUCUCAAAUUAAACACAUCACACACACAUAUACAUAUGUAUAAAUAGUAACAGAUGGAUAUAAAUUGAUCCUCUUGUAAUGAUUCUGCUCUUCACUGAAUGACAGAUCCAUGAGUCGUACCUAAAUAGGCGCACCAGGGUUGGGAGCAGCAACAAUAGGAACAAAAAGGUUUCGUUAAUUACAUACAGUCCUUGUUGCUGUUUGAUGCUUUUUAUUUAUUAUUAUUAUUACUUUUUGGUGUGAGGGUAUGUCGGAUAAGUGAGACUGUACUGUAAUUAAAAUAUAUUAAUUAGUAUAUUGGAAAUACAAAGUAGUUACUCAAUAGAAUUACAUGUAGUUUUAUAUUCGAUUCUGGAUCUGCAAUAGUCAGUUACAAAUUGAAAGUUCAUACAUACAUACAAAUUCAUAUAGGUCAUUUUGUAGGUAUAGUAUUAAAAUAUUCGGAAAUUAUUUAUGCAUUGAGUGUAAAUCAUAAACAAAGUUGAUACGAUGCAAUUAAGAAAGGUACUAUUCAUGGAGGGGGGAGCAAAACAAAUUAAAAGCAUUCUGAGUGAAGUAUGACUAGUUAAAUUUUAAGAAUAGUUGCUGUCAGUUAUUUGAUUCAGUUUUAUGAAUAGAAUAAUUUAUGUUAAUAUGCCUUCAAUUGCUGUUGUAUUUGUUCAAAAAUUCUGUGUAUUAUAAUGCAUAUUACUUUUUUAAAAUCUAAAAUAACAUUUUAUGUGUAAAAACUUAAAACUGCUAUCCUCUGCACUUGUAUUUUUAAUUUAUUACAUGAUUUUUUAAAUGUGCCAGUAAACAGUUUUAAAAUG